AUGCACCAGACUAUCGGCAGCAUUUCUUACUACUACUCUUUGUUCUCGAUGAUCUUGGCAAUGAGCGGCAUGGUCCUGUUCAACGCUUCACCAAUAAUUACAAAUUACAAAAAUGGAGCCUUCACCAGCCAAGGAUCAGAAAAUAUUCGCUUGAUAGCUUGCAUAGAUCAUCAUAGGGAGAUUUUCAAGUUUACUGAAGAACUGUCAUCGUUCUUCGGACCUGUCCUUGGUUUCAAUUACGCGUAUCAUAUGUGCGCGUGCUGUUUGCUGAUGAUGGAGUGUUCACAAGGAGAUGUUGAUGCAAUAAUUCGCUUCGGGCCUCUAACUAUCAUUGUGUUUGGACAACUUGUUCAGAUGUCAGUUAUAUUUGAAAUUGUUGAUACUGUGAGUGAAAAGCUGAAGGAUUCAGUGUACGACGUUCCGUGGGAAAGCAUGGAUACAAGGAAUUGUCGUCUCGUGAUCAUCCUACUGAACAGGGUUCAGAGCCCAUUGCAUGUCACUGCCAUGGGAAUCACUCCCGUGGGUGUCACUACCAUGGCUGGGAUAUUAUUCACCUAG